UAAAAUUUGCUUAAUGAAAUAUAAUAGAGACAGUUUAUUUUAUUUUAUACCCCUAUUACGAUUUUCAAUUCCAUUCAGUUGAGUUGAAGUUAAAGCAGUAGUUUUCAUUUAUAUUACGAUGACAAAAAUCUUGGGGCCAAAAUUAAUGUGCUGCGCAUAUAAAAACCCUCGUGAUUACUCAAAUUCAUUGGAACUUCCUAACACCAAAUAAACCAAAACUGAAUGACAAUUAAACGGCUUUUAAUUAAUAUUAAUAUAUCUUAACAAGUACUGUGUUUAAAUUUUGUCGAAAGAUUCGAGUAUCGAUUCUACGAAAUUCAAAAUUCGUAAGCUGGUAGCACUGAAAGCAAUAUAAAAUCGAAUUAACAAACGCGGCAGGGUUUAACGAAAAUUAUUGGAAAGCGGAACGAAAAACAAGGAAGCAACGAAAUUAGGAAAAGGAAGAAAAUAAAGAUUGGCUAUUAUAGCAAAUAAUAGCUGAAUAUAAAUCAACAAUAGCAAAUGGACCUGAACUUGUUGAUUACUUGGCUUUUUUUUAUAUGACCGAGUGUCUAGAAUUAGAGUGUAUAUAAAACAAUAGUGGUCGCACACAUAGAUAUUUCACGACCACUCCAAGCAGUGGGGAGUGCAGUGGAAAUAUAAAAUGUAUACACGCGAUACGGAAUUGCGACGACUGCAAUCCAACGAUGUGAACCGUCUGGCGGAAACGUUGGGAUUCGUUGGAGGAAGAAAGUUAAUGGAAAAUAUACCAAAACAUUGGUCAAACCAAGACGGAUACAAUGUUGAAGAUUCUGUUAUGGGAAGCCAAAGAUGGAACGGUUCUAGUGUGAUAGAGUUGAAAUACAAGCCAGAACAAAUUCGGCUAAUAGAAGAAGCAACAAGGCAAACUAGUGGCUGUUAUUUUGCAGAGAUAUUAAUACAGGAAUGGAGCACCAGUGGUCGCAAACAUGAACGUCCGACUGUGGGUCUCUUAUUACAAUUACUGAUAAAAGCAGAUCUGUGGAAUGCAGCUGACUUUGUAGCAGAACAUUUUUUGAAUGAACCCCCACCCGAACGUCCUUUGGAAGGACCAGGUGCAAAAGUUGACAUAUCAAUUCCAACAGAAUGUUUGAGAAGUGUUGUAGAUUUUGUAAAUGAUUCGGACGAAUAUCCAGACACUGAAGCGCUUAACGAUAAUAUCAAUAGAACGAAUGGAUUGGACGAUCACAAUCGAGAUUAUUACUCAAAGUAUUCACCUUUGAAUAAGGACUUAAACACGGUGGCACCAAAACCACCACCUCGGACACGAUCUGCGCGUCAUCAAAAUAUUCAACACAGUCUACAGCAACAAAUUCCAAUACAACAACAGCAACAAAAUAUUCAGAAUGCACCAACCAACAAAGAAGCAGCAACUGCAGAGGCUAAUGAUCGAAAUAGAUGCCCUCAAAGCCAUGAUAAUAUUGAAAUAUCUGAACGGCUUCAAAAUGUCAAUUCGCCAAUGAGUAAUAUCAUGACUUCACAUAAUAUACCAGAGUUGAGCGAUCUGCUUAAAUCGAAUAGCCUGCAUUCUGCGUUAAAAUCAGAGGUUUCUUACGAAAUCCCUAUGGUUUCCCUUCUUGAUUCCAAACCCAAAAAUAUAGCAAGUAUACCAGUUGUUGCAUCAACAUCUAAUGCUGCACAGACAUCGAUGGGGGGAUCCGAUCUGGUCGAAAGUCUACCACUGAUCACUGAACUCAAUUCAGAUGGUGUGGAUAUUGAAGUUUCAAAUGAUUUUCACGGAGAAAAGUCUGAUUCAAACCAAUUGCCACACCAAAUUACUUCACUUUCUCCAAAUGGUUUAAGUGAUGAUAGUCACUGUAGUAGUUUAAGUAAUGAUAGUUUCGACGAUGGCGAAUACAGUGCUGUAAAUAUAUCAGAUGUUGGUAUUGUUGAUAUGGAGAAUACCGAUGGAAAUUCUUGUGAUCAAAGCCUGCCAAAUCUAAGCAUUUUCGGUCGACAAAGUCCCAAUAACGACUCCAGUUUGACGACUGUAACGUGCACAAGUGGUGACAAUAGCUUCGACCUGAGCUUAAACGAGUCGAGUUCAACAUCAACAACAGAUCCCACUGCGCAAAGAAAGUAAGUUUGCGUGUGGGUUUCUGGCAUGACUGUUAGAGGCAAACAGAGACAAAAUGUUUUAUCACUCCUAUGUUAGACGAUAUUAUAUAAUGGCAUUCCAAAAGAUACGCGCAGGAUUAUUUGUGAGCAUCAAUUGCGAGUAAAAAUAUUGAUUGCUUAUAUGUAUAGUAAAAAUAUAAUAACACUUGUUACAUAAAAUUGAUUUAUAUAUCCUCUGCGAUAAAUACAUUAUAAGACAACUUUUAAUUAUAUUUGAAUUCAUUUAAUGUUAAAGUUUAUACAGUAUAAGUUGCAGUAGAAUUUGACUUAGUCUAAAUUCUUACAACAUUUAUGUGUAAAUUGUAAAAUAUAUCAUAUAUAUUAAAAAAUAUAAAAUCGAUCUUCUAAUUUU